UGUACGCCGCACAGAGACCCCGCAGUCUGCGCGCAGCACUCCUUCUGGUCACAAGCAGAUCUGCCGCGGCCAUGUGGCUGGAACUGGCCGUGUUCUUCACCGCUUUGGCCGUCCUGGCCUACCUCGACGUGAGGAAGCCUAGCAACUACCCUCCCGGUCCGCCGCGCUGGCCGCUGCUGGGGAACCUGGUGCAGGUGGCGCGGCUGGUGAAGCGCACGGGGUUCCACCACCUGGCGUGGGCGCGGCUGGCGGAGCGCUACGGCGCGGUGGUGGCUCUGCGCAUGGGCCGCAGCCAGACCGUGGUGCUGGUGGCGGGGCGGCGCGCCGUGACCCAGGUGCUGGCCAGCGAGCACUUCGACGGGCGGCCCGACGGCUACCUGUUCCGCCUGCGCACCAUGGGCCGGCGGCACGGCGUGAUCUUCACUGACGGAGACCUGUGGCGCACGCAGCGCCGCUUCUCCUUGAAGCAGCUGCGCGAGCUGGGGUUCGGCCGCCGCAGCAUGGAGGCCAUGAUCGCUAGCGAGGCGCUGGCGGCGGCGCGGAGGCUGCGCGAAGAGGGGGCGGAGCGCGGGGAGGCCGGGGUGCCCAUGAAGCACGCCUUCGUGGUGCCCGUGCUCAACAGCCUGUGGGCCAUCACCGCGGGCACCACCUACAGCGAAAAAGACCCGCGGCUGCAGAGGUUCAUCAGCAUGUCGAACGAAAUAUUCCGGAACUCUGAUUCUUCAGGGGGAGCGCUGAACUACCUCCCGUUCCUAAGGUUCCUGGCACCGACGCUGUCUGGCUACAAGCAGUUCUUCACCAAUCAGUACAACCUGUGGUGUUUCUUCACGGACAUAGUACGAGACCACGUAGCCACUCUCAGUAAGGACUACAAUCGCGAUCUGAUCGAUGUGUUCCUGCAGGAGAUGGACAAGCAGAAAGAUACCAAAGAAACCACAUUCACGGAGGCCCAGAUAGUUGCCGUGUGCAAGGACCUGUUCACCGCCGGGUCGGAGACCACCAGCAACACCCUGAGCUUCGCCAUCAUGUUCGCGGUGCUGCACCCGGAGGCGCAGGGCAGGGUGCACUCGGAGCUGGACGAGGUGGUGGGGAGGGACCGGCCGCCGUCGCUCCAGGACAAGAGCAAGCUGACUUACGUCUCCGCGUUCUUGAUGGAGACCCAGAGGUUGUCCAACGUCGCACCGAUGACGUUGCCUCAUAGAGCCCUCGUGGAUGCGGAAAUCGACGGAUAUUUCGUCCCGAAGGACUCGACCGUGAUCAUGAGCCUGUGGAGUUGCCACAUGGACCCGGAUCACUGGGAGGACCCGGAGAAUUUCAGGCCGGAACGCUUCAUCGACAGCCAAGGACGUCUCAUUUCCGAUCCCUGGCUCAUGCCUUUCGGUUACGGUCGUCGGCGGUGCCUGGGCGAGACGCUGGCCAAGAACAGCUUGUUCCUGUUCUUCGCGGUCCUGCUGCAGAGCCUGUCCUUCAGGCUGCCGGAGGGCGCGGAGCGGCCUUCGUACAGCGGGCAGAACGGCCUGACACUGUCCACCCAGCCGUUCAGCGCCGUCGUGACCCAGAGGCCGUGACGAAAAACCUAGCGCCUCCACCAAACCCCGCAAACCUACAGCCCGCACACAUUUCCUCCUUGGCCAGCAGCACCCCAAGACUGCUUCCGGCGAUCAUGUCGACAGUAUUAUCCCAGCACCAAAGAAAAUGAAUGUCUCUUGUCUUGUGAUGCUAGUACGUGUAAAAUAAAAAAUUUUAACCACGCUUAAAGCUU